AUGGCAGAUGUCAACUUUACAUUUGUUACUGAGUUUAUCCUUAUGGGACUGACAGAUCAUGAAGAACUCAAAGUGUUUCUCUUCAUCCUGUUCCUAUUAAUCUAUGUCAUUUCCUUGGUGGGGAAUUCAGGAAUGUUCCUUCUGAUCUACAUAACUCCUAAACUCCACACACCAAUGUACCAUUUCCUUGGGUCUCUGUCCUUUGUGGAUACAUGGUAUUCCUCAGUUUUUGCACCUAUAAUGCUAAUGAACUUCUUUGUUGAGAAAGAGACCAUCUCAUUAUCUGCAUGCAUUGCGCAAUAUAUUUUGUUUGCAUUAUUGGUUACCACAGAAGGAUUUUUGCUGGCUGCAAUGGCUUAUGACCAUUAUAUGGCCAUCAUACACCCUUUAGUUUACACAGUGGUCAUGACUAAAAUGGUUUGUGUUGGGCUGGUGCUUUGCUCAUUCCUAGGAGGUCUUAUAAACUCACUGACACUUAUAACUGGAUUAAUGAAGCUGUCCUUCUGUGGACCAAAUGUCAUCAAUCACUUCUUCUGUGACCUUCCUCCCCUGUUGAAGCUAUCCUGUUCUGAUGCCUCAAUGAAUGAACUCUUGCUUUUGAUUUUCUCUGGAGUCAUUGCCAUAACUACACUCUUGACUGUGGUAGUCUCCUACCUCUUCAUUGUUGUUGCUAUCCUGAGGAUCUGCUCAGCAGCAGGGAAGCGCAAAGCUUUCUCCACCUGUGCUUUCCAUCUGACAGCUGUGACUUUAUUUUAUGGCUCAGUAAGCUUCAGUUAUAUUCAGCCAAGCUCCCAAUACUCCUUAGAACAAGAGAACGUUGUAUCUGUAUUUUAUACCCUGGUGGUUCCCAUGCUGAAUCCACUGAUUUACAGCUUAAGGAUCAAAGAAGUAAAAGAUGCUGUGAAAAAGACCAUGGAGAUGAAAUGUUUCUCUUGUUGA